AUGCCCGACAAUACGGCCAGCUUCAUCGAGGUGGCGGAGGAGCGCGAGAGCGAGGACAACCCAGAGAAGCCGUACUCGCCCACGGCGCCGGGUACCAGCACCAUCCGCCGCAUGCGGCUGGCCGAGAAGCUGCUACAGGAGGAGCUGGAGGAGGAGCGCCGGGAAGCCAUGAUGAAGGAGAACACGGUGCUCAUGCGCGCGCCCAGCAAGUCGGACCCGCAAGACGUCAAGGGCUGCUGCUGCGUCGUCAUUGCCAAGCGACUCACGCAACGGCGCCUGCUCUUCAUUCCACGCUUCCCCCCUUUCCGUCCCAGGCAGGCACGAGGAAGCCAAAGCGCACCCACCCACCCACCCCCCGCCAUUAUACAGCCAGGCACGACGCACAACAUGGCGCUCAGCGGCAUCGACGGCGAGUUCGCCGGCUGGGUGUACAAGCAGGGCUCGCUGGUCAAGAACUGGAAGAAGCGCUUCAUGGUGCUGCGCGGGCGGCAGCUGACGUACUACGACACGGCCAAGGUGGACCCGACGGUCAAGGCCAAGGGCAGCUUCCAGGUCAUCACCGUGGAGCUGAGCACCGACAUCCAGAACGGCCUGCUCGUGCACGGCCGCGGCGGGCGCGUGCUCAAACUCUACACGGCCUCGGCCGAGGCCACGAGCUCGUGGUACAACAUGAUCCUGGACGCCACGGCGACGGCCCCGCCGCAGUUCGCGCCGCCCGACCGGUUCUCGACGCUCUCGGCCGCCAGCACGUCCAAGCCCGUGGACGUGGACGACGAGAUGGAGCUGCUGGACCGCCUCGAGUCGCUGCCGCUGAGCGAGGACGGCAGCGAGCAGGUGGCGCACUCCGGUUGGCUCAAAAAGGAGGGCGCGCGCGUCAAGAGCUGGAAGCGCCGCUACUUCGUGCUGCGUGGAAACGCGCUGUCGUACUUUAACUCGGAGGACACGGGCGCGGCCGCCAAGGGCUACGGCCACGUGCGCGCCGUGGAGGUGAACGGCACGGUCAAGAACGGCCUGGACAUCAAGUUCGACAACGGGCGCGUGCUGCGCGUGUCGGCCAGGAACAGCGGCGACAUGGAGGUCUGGCUCUGCAAGCUCAGCGACGCCAUCGAGGCGGCCAACACGGAGAUGAACAACGUGCGCCAGUCGCUGGCGGCGAGGAACUCGUUCCGAGCGCUGUCCAUGGGCGGACCGUCCCCCACGAAGAUGAAGCAGCAGUACCAGCAGCAGCAGAGGAUGAUGCAGUACGGCAAUACCGGACGACACUCGCUGGCUACUGUGCCGUCAAGGCCCAUGGGCUCGGUGGCAGAGGUACCUGAGCGACGCACCGUGGUGGAGAAGCGCUCGUCUUCGUCCUUGGACGACUCGUGCAUCUCGUCAGGCCUGUCGUCCCAGUUCUCGUCCGGAUCGUACUCUAGUCACUCGAACUCGCUCCCUGAUGGAUCAGCGCCCGUGGCAAGACCGACAGUGCACACGAACGCUACAACCAACACGCAGUCGUCGUCUGGCUCUACGUUCUUUGACAGCGACGACGAGUACGACAGCGAUGACAGCGAAGGCGACUGGAUUUAG